CACCCCGAGCGCGCUGGCGCGACCAGUUGCGGCAGCGGGGACCGCGGCAGCGGCCGAGCCGCGGCGUCGGUGCAUCCACGGGCGCUGUCGAUGCCCAGUACGCGGAAUAUCAGGAGCUAGGACAGUGUAGGCGUCCAGGAAUGGGACGAUAGGGCAUUGCAAGUGACAAGAAGUGCAAUCUAGGUUUCAGACUGCCAACAGCAAAGUGCUGUGCCCGCUGGGUGUGGGGCAGGGGCUGCGACGUGGCGCAGGGCCCACUGGCACCUCAACCAAGGGGAGCUGCACGCCAGGGGCUGCAGCGAGCGGCGCCAUGGCGGCGUACGUGCGGGGCACGGCAGAGGGCGGCGCGUUCUGGCGGCGCACCACGGACCAGAAGUGGGGCGAGUUCGCCGAGGGCGAGGGGGGCGCGUUCGACAAGGACGACCUGGUGGAGGCCGUCUUCACCGUGGACGGGGAGUGGUACUCCGGGCAGAUCAUGAAGUACGUCGGGGACGGGAGCUGGAUAGUCAUGUGGCUGGACGACUUGCCCGAGGGGUCGGAGGAGAUCAAGGCCUCCACGGUCGUCGGCAAGAACAUCAGGCACAUGUCGUACACGCCGGUGGAGUCCGCGGAGUGAGGCGGCCUCUGAGGCGUGCGGCAGGGUCGUCGUCUCCACCACGGCUUUCCAGAAGCCGACUCUGGACGGAGCCAGUCCGCGCACAGCGGACGGUCAGAGAGGACGCCAACCGAGCGCCUCGCCGAUCCAGGCUGGGCCCAUUUUUGGGACCACAAGGAUGCAGCAUCGGUGGCUGCGCCUCCCAUCCCAGGCUAAGAUGGCGUCUGCCGGGCGGGGGCUAUGAUCAGGAUAACUCGCUCCAGAGCGCUCCGAGACGCUCUCGGAGCUUCCCCAGAGCACUCUGGAGCGGCCGCGCCGCCCGAUGCAUCCUCCAGAAC